UAAGUUAAAUGCCACCCUUCCCUAUUGUAUUUACUGCCCACCACCAUCCCGUUCUUUAUUAUGACCCAGAGAGACGCAAGGGAACAAACUGUCAUCGACAACUAAUGUGUUUACAUGUGAGACUUAUGUCCCUUCCUUCCAUGUGUGCGCGAAUGGCGGGAGACGGCGAUAGUUCCGUCUAUUCGAAUAUUCACAGUGAAACUAAAGAAGAAAUACUAUCUAAACUCCCACAAAAGCUAGUUUCGUGUCUAUUGCCUUUCCAAAAGGAUGGCGUCGUGUUUGCGAUCGAGAGAAAUGGAAGAUGUUUAAUUGCUGAUGAAAUGGGAUUAGGAAAAACACUGCAAGCAAUAGCUGUUGCAGCCUACUACAAAGAAGCAUGGCCACUGCUCAUCAUUGUUCCGUCAUCUCUGCGUUAUGUCUGGAUAGAGGAACUUGAAAAAUGGCUGCCGGAUAUACAUCCACUACAGAUUCACUUGAUUCAGGGUGGCUUUGACACAGGGGGUAUACAUGAUGCCAAAGUAACAUUAGUAACAUAUGGGUUGCUAAGCAGCAAGUCAAGCACAUCCAUGAAAGAAGUUCUAGCAGCACGGCAGUUUCAAACUGUCAUUUGCGAUGAGUGCCAUUACUUCAAGAACUCACGCACAGAAUGCUGGAAAGCUGUCGAGCCUUUAGCCACUGCCGCUAAGCAUUGCAUCCUGUUGUCGGGUACCCCUGCACUUGCCAGGCCUGCUGAGCUCUUCACACAGAUUAGUGUGCUCUUACCAAAGAAAUUUGGCAGCUGGUGGUCGUUCACUAAGCAAUACUGUGCAGGUCACUGGGAGUACUUUGGAAAGAAACGCCAGUGGAGAGCGGAUGGAGCCAGCAACCUUGAAGAACUUCAGAGUCGUCUCCAAACAGUGAUGAUCCGAAGAGAAAAGAAAGAUGUUCUGACCCAGCUUCCUGAAAAACAACGUCAGAAAAUACUUUUUCACCUGAAGGAUUCCCAGACUAAGAAGGAGAUAUUGACACUUUUCUCAGAACUCAAACCAUUACUGAAAAAGAGCAAGUCAUCUUUGGCUGUAAAUCUUUUGGGAACCAUGGGAAAUACAGCUAAUGGUGACCCUGCAAGCAUGACAAAUGCUGAUGGAGAACAUAGAGGCACAGUGAUUCUGGGCCACAUCCAGCAGCUAUACAAACUUACAGGGGAGGCUAAGAUAGGUCCAGUCCGAGAGUACAUCCAAAUGCUGUGUGAAAAUCCCCAUCUUAAGUUCCUGAUCUUUUGUUACCAUCACUGCAUGAUGGAUGGUGUGCAGGAGGUCCUGCGGAAUAAGAAGGUUAAGUUUAUUCGUAUAGAUGGCAGCACAAAGCCUUCAGAUCGCCAGAUGUAUGUGCAACAGUUCCAAAAUGAUGAGGAUACACGAGUUGCCAUUCUCAGCAUUCUUGCUGCUGGCGUGGGCCUCACUUUGACAGCAGCUAAGCUUGUGGUGUUUGCAGAGCUAUAUUGGACGCCAGGUUUGAUGGUGCAGUGUGAGGACCGAGCUCACCGAAUUGGGCAAACUGACAAUGUACCCAUUCACUAUCUGGUUGCCCAAGACACUAUGGAUGAGUGGGUGUGGGCUGCUGUAUGCAGAAAGACUCUUGUGACCAGUGCUGCCCUGACAGGCAAGUCACAGGCACUGAAUGCCCAGCCCGGUGACAAGUUUCAAGUAGAACUGCUUUCUUCUGCUGACUGUUACUCUUCUGAAGAUAUCAGGCCAUGUCAGGAUUUGGACUCUCUCCUGCAAUCUCAGCAGCUGCCAGACCAGAAGUCAAUUUUAGACUUUUUCAUGCCCAAGUCACAUUUAUGUCAAACUGCAUGUGGACAUGAAGACUGCAGACAGACUGGAACCAUCAGUUCAGCCCUUGGUUCACCCUCUGAUGUGUCAACAAUCCACAAAAAAGCACAAAAAAAGUCGCAUACCAGAUUGAAAUCUCCAGUGCAUUUGUCAUAUGGCUCAGAUGGUACUCAAGGUGUUGUUCUUAUUGAGACUAGUGACAGUGAUCUCAGCGAAGACUUUCAGGAAGUACCUUUCUCCCUCAGAACAAGAAAACGAAAAGUCAAAACCUGUUGGGGUGAAGAUGAGAUGCAGUUCACCCAUGGAGACAGUGAAGUCUUUGACAAGACAGCUCCAAAAGUCAGUGGUGACAUGGUAAAUGUACAGGAAAGAGAAGUGGUCAAAGUAAUGCAGACAGAAAGUACCAGAAAAUCCUCUUCACCAAGCUCACAGAUAGGAUCCCUCCGAGGCAAGUCAUUGAAUGGCCAAGGUGCUCCGCUGGCAUCACUGAGCAAGUCAAGCAGUGAAGAGCAGAAUGAACUGUGUGAACAGAAGCACCAGCCUGACGACUGGUCCUGCUCUGUUUGCACUUUUUCUAACCACUCUUUGCUGCCUUUCUGUGAAAUGUGUGAUACUCCUAGAAAGAAGAAAAGGAAAGCAGGUUUUCACAUGGAUGAACAUCACCCUGGGCAAAGCAGCAUUUUGCAGAGCAGUGAUGCUGCCUUGUCAUCCAGCAUUGCCGCAUGUUCACCUCUCAGCAAGACAAAGAAGAGUGCUUUGCUUCAGGGUGAGAACACCCAGUCCAGAAAAAAUGGUUUGGAUUAUUUAAGGUCAUCACCUGCUUUAAAAAGCAGCUACACGAAUGAUUUUGAAACAGUGGCCUCAGACAGUCUACAGCAGCAGAGCUCAGACAAACCAGACGUGCAAAUUACAGUGAUGGAUAACAAAGACCAGAACACAGAUUCUCCUCAUAUCGGUGAAUUUGCUCGUCGUGAUCUAUUAGAAGGAUAUGUUGUGGAACUGCCAUCAGUUUGUUCUCCUAACAGUCAUGGCGCAAGUGAAUCUUAUAAAAGUGAUUCAUGCAAGACAGGGUCAGGACAGAACUCAUUUGCUGUAAGUCCUAAAGCACCAAAACUCAUUCGCUGCAAGUCAUCUGAGAGUGGAGGGCCAUCAAGUCCUGAAACACUUCAGUCUCUGUGUGGAGUGCUGGAUGAUAGAAAUACAAGUUCUAAUGGUGUUGUCCACAAAUUCUUUCACUUUUGCUGCAGUGUGUACACAGGGAGAGUUUACAUAUUCAAUGAGUCAGAAGAAUCACUGAAGGCCAACUUCCUGCCUCUUGAUGUUGAGCUGGGCAAUUUGAAUGACCUCCCCUCCUUCCUUCAUCAUCCUCACCACCUUCACCUAUUGCAAACAUUUGUGCGACAGUGGAACAGUCUGACAGACACAAAGAGACAUCUAAUCAGGAAGAAAUGUGUAAUGUUCAGAAACCCUCUUGCUGCCUAUGACACUGUGCGCACAGACAACAGCAACAACAGGCAGCGCUACAAAACCAAGGAUGAUGGACUGAUAGAAGCUAUUGAAAAGGCCGGUGAGUUGAAAGGAUACAUUCGAAAGAUCUCAAAAAACAGUAAGACAUCCCACAUCCCUGUCAAAUCCUGCACUGUGACCUCCUCGCCUACAACAGACAAAUCAGAGAUACUCUCUGGGACUAGCCAUGGUGCUGCUGGGACUUUUCAGGUCCUUUCUGCUUCAGGUGACCCACUGUGUCUUCAGUGCCAGAAACCUUGUAGCAUCUUCACAUCUUCAAUAAAUGUCUCUAAAGCAGACCAUGCAUGGAAAACACGAUUCUGUUCACAUUUAUGUGCAGAUGCACACUGGAUGAAGACUAGUACAAGCUACAUCCGCAGCACCAUUUACGACAUCCAGCAUGGUGUAUGUCAACUGUGCCAGUUUGAUGCACACUCUUUUUUCUGCAGAAUUAGGGACACAAAAGAUCACAGAAAACGAGCAGAAAUGAUCAGCCAGAGCAAAUUUGCUCGAACUGGAGUUGACCGCAAAAAGCAGAUGAUCACCAAGCCUUCAGAGGGUCUAUUCUGGCAUGUGGAUCACAUCCGGCCUGUCUGGGAAGGAGGAGGGCAGUGUGAUAUAGACAACCUCCGAACCCUGUGUACCCCCUGCCACUUGUUGGUUACAUCACAGCAAGCUGGAAAAUGUGCUACAAUUCGCAGGCUGUCAAGCGCUGCCAGGUCUGGGGACAUUACUGCAUUCUUCAAGAAAUCCUAAAAAAAAAACUUUAUACUUUCAGAUCCUCCUUCAGAUGAAUUUUUUAUGAAACCAACCAAUCCUCAUUUUUUUUUUGGCAGAGGGCAAGGGUAGGCUUUUCUUUUCACAAACGUUUAUUUAGUCAAUUUAAAAUUGCACACACUAAUUCAAUUUUUAAAGUUAUAAUUUACAUUAUUGUUUACUGCAGGAUUUAUAUUUUUAAUGGCCAGCACUUAGAUGUCAUUCUAGUGACAUUCUUUAGUAUAAAUAACCAAAUAAUAAUACAGCUGUUAUUGCCAUGUAUGUACUUGGAUAUUGUAGGUUGUUUACUGUUACUUGCAACACAGUUCACAUUUCUUUGCAAGAGGUUAAAAGCUCAGAAAGAAACUGGAAGAGAAAUUAAAAAAACUUGAAAGUAAUGGCAACCUUUCAGGAAACAAAGCGCUGCCAUUAUAGCCUGUAAUUAAGCCUGUACGGUCUCAAAGUCCUUUAGAACAGUUGUGCUCUGGGGACAGAUUUUAUUGUUACUAAUCUGACAAGAUUGUCAUGGGUGAUAAUGGGUGCACUUCUCCAUUAAGGUAUUAUGUCACCACAACAUUUUUUUAAGGUUAUAUGGUGGGGUAUACUAAUACAAUUAAUUCAUCAUAGGGAGCUGAUUAUAGAUAUGCAAGGUCUAAGAUCAGGUAAAAAUAAUUAUCUCACUCAUUAUCUAAUCAUGAUCCAAAAAAGUGGAGGCUAGUUGUCACACGUGAUGUUGCUCACAACGGACCUUUCUGAACCAUUGUAUGGGCAAGAAUCAAAGUGCAAGCAUGUAUUGAGAAAAGAGUAUUAGCUUUCUUUUUUAAUAUUUAUCUGCUUCCCCACUGGUCAAAAACUGUAUUGCUUUUUUCUCCUAAGCAGUUAGCAUCAUGUGCACUUCUAAAACAAAAAUAAAAUCAUUUUACUUCUUUUUUUAAAGGUUUUAAUGAUGUCAUCAUCCAUGUCAACUUGAUGCAUCAACAAAACAGUACUUUGUUGAUUCAUAGUCUCUGGGGUUUUUUUUUGUUUUGGUUUUUUUUUUUUCUGCAUUCCAAAGAUCAGUGCACAAAGUACACAAGGAAGGCAGAAGGAGGUUACUGGUUAUCUAUGUGGUUGAUGCAUACAAUAUUGGAGCAUCAUCGACAAGCUUAGGUAGAUUAUUUUUCACCUUGUCUGUAGAUGCAAGCAUGUGCAGUUCUAAGAGAGAAUGCAUGUUUUUUGUGUGGCUGACAUGUAACAUCUGAGCACAGCUGCAGAUACUGUAUCAGUGCUGAUAAAAAUUUUGUGAGUAGAUUUGAUAGUUCACUACCUGUGUAGCUGUAUCUAAAAGCUGCUGUUGAAAACUUAUAGAGAAUUAUUGUUCUCAUUCUGUAUUUAAAUAAAUGACCACAAGCCAUAAAUUAUAAUUUAUGCUGACAGCAGAUUUUCAGAUAUUUGUGCUAGAGACAAGUAAUGCAAGAAUGCAAAUUGUAACUAUACAAAUCAGUAAAAUCCAGAAAGUUUUAGUUGUGUUUAUUCAAUAGAUGAACUAAGUAACAUCAAUAACAAACUUAUAAAAGGUCUUUAAGUAUUCUCUUCCUUUGGUGACAUUUUAACACUUAAAAAAAUUGUAAUUCCUUGAACGUGCACACACUUCUCAAAAAAAAAAGUUAUUUAAAAUCUGUCAACCUUUGUUUUAAAAAAAGCACACAAAUAAUAAUAGUUCCCUUCAAAGACGCUUGUACCUCUUGAUUGAAACUCAAAGCGCCGUAUAACUGGAACAGCAAGGCAUGUAAACAAUAAUGGAACCAAAAAAUGAAAAUCUGAAAUAGCACUGGCAAAAUCUACUGAAAAUGAGGAGAGAAGUAUGCUGGUGACUAGAAGUCAAAAAUGAAAUGUCUUUAUACCACCAAUUUCGAUACCUCCAACUCUGAUAAUAAAAGGUAGAAGCAAGGUGUUUAAAAAUGGAGAUCUAGGAAAUGAAUGAUGGUUAAACAUUACAUAUGACACAUGGUGCAGAGAAGAAACCUGUCUAAUUAAAGCGAAGGGAAUUAGGUAAUGUGUGCAGCGGGUCUGAUUAGGAUAACAUUAUCACAACAAUGUAAGAGUGCAGUAAGGUAAACCAUAUAAAUACUUAAUCAGCAUGAACAUGGGCUGGUGCAUGAACACUUUUUU